AUGCAUGUCGAUAUCGUGGUGAUGCGGCACGUCUCACUCUGCAGCCAGCCAGAAGAAUGCGUGGGCCAGAGGCAUGACGCCGCCGGCAGACCCGUCCGAGACAUGCCAUGGUACCAAGCGCACGUUUCCUCGCCCAACACGCAGACAGCUGUCCUUUCUGCACCCGCUGUCCAGAGCGGUCGUCUGUGCAACCGCUCAUCUCAAAGCAGCCAGCGGGCUCGCACAGCAGCCUCUCCAGCCUCUCAAACACCAGCAACAACCAGGUUUCGACUGCUGCAGCGCCGUUUUCUCAACUCUGGACACGACCCGUUUUGGCGUAACGUCCUUGUGGCGACCCAUUCCAGGCAUGCAGUCAGCAUUGUACAAGAACAGCCACCUGCCAAUCGCAACGCUCCCACCCUGUGGAACGCACUCACGACUCUGAGAGGCGCGGAGGUUUGCGCUGGUGCCGCAGAAAACGUGGACGGCACGUUGCACCCUUGCAUCAGACACAAGCCUGGUCGUCAUCGGUCGUCAGCAAAGCUGCUCAUUCCUUUUCGCAGGAGACCUGAGAUCGUCGACGGGAGUGCUUGUCUACACAGUACAGCAUUUGCAAGUGGAUUCCUGACUCUGCAAGACGUGGGGCCUUCUCUGUGGAGAGCAGAAUGUUUAUCUCUGCUAGAGCCUGAGCCCGCGCUUUCCACAUGUGCAACCCCACCACAACACGAGUACAAGGGGUCGUCCUGA